UCCUUGUCCAGAAAGGAAAUAAAGACUUCAUCUUCAUUUUUGGGUGAACUAACCCUUUAAACUGUGAGACACUUCUUUCACUCAGAAGACUGAGCUGUGACGUUAUUCAUGUACUGGACAGCCAAGAGUUUACCAGAGUUCACCUAAAAUGUUCUGAUUCAAAUCUUUUGUAAUUUGUUAAUUAAUUUGUAUUUGCUUUCAUUUUUAAUCUCAGAUCUCUUGACCUCUGUAACUGUCACACAAGAGACAACCUCCACUGGUAAUGUAUUGUGCUGAAUUGUCCAGUUUUUCUCAGCUUAUGUCUGCAAACAAUGUAGAAAUUUAUUCUGACCGCAAUUAAAUCUCGGGAAAUCAAUAUGUUUCUGGAGAUUAGUCAUAUUUUUCUACAUUCUUAAAGGAUGAUGUCUGUGGCUGUUAUAAUGUUCACUUCUGAUGUGUCACUCAAGAUUGGCAGUUUUGCUUCCCCAUAUAUAGUAAUAUUUUGUUAAUUGGAAAUUAACAUAGAUAGGAAUGACUAAAGCUGCACUUCUGGAUAGAUUUUAUAGCCUGAACAUUUUAUUAACAAUAACAGGUCAUGAUUGCUUAAUAUAUUUUCACUACAGCUAAUCUGUCAGACCCCUGCAACAACUACACUGAGCUGAACGAUACAUGGAGAUCCAUCAGUAAUACAUAUAACUCCUACAUGUGUGACCGGUCUGUCUCCUGGAGCGGCUGGUAUCGUCUCUUCAUUAACAGCACUAGCGCUCAUAUCCCAGACACGUGUGUUGCUCAGUACAGAUGUGGCACUGAUGCCCCACUGUGGAUCCGUGGUGGACACCCAACAGUAACAGAUGGAGUCGUCACUCGAGAUGUCUGCGGUAACUGGAACAAUUUCUGCUGCUAUUUCGGGUCUUAUCCCAUUAAAGUCAAAGCCUGUCCAGGAGAUUAUUAUGUCUAUGAACUGGUCAGUCCAACUCUCUGUAAACUUGCAUACUGUGCAGACACUGGCAGCAUUAACACCAGCCCUACAACUGUCACACCAGUGACCAUCUCACCUGCUUAUCCUUCUGUUGACCCCUGCAACAACUACACUGAGCUGGACGAACCAUGGAGAGCCAACAGCAGUCAGAUCUCAAACUCCUACAAGUGUGAUCAGUCUGUCUCCUGGAGCGGCUGGUAUCGUCUCUUCAUUAACAACAUGAGCGCUCAUAUCCCAGACACGUGUGUUGCUCAGUACAGCUGUGGCACUUAUAUCCCACUGUGGAUCCGUGGUGGACACCCAACAGUAACAGAUGGAGUCGUCACUCGAGAUGUCUGCGGUUACGCUGGGAGUUUCUGCUGCUCUUUCGGGUCUUAUCCAAUUAAAGUCAAAGCAUGUCCAGGAGAUUAUUAUGUCUAUGAGCUGGUCAGUCCAACUCGCUGUCCUUCAGCAUACUGUGCAGCUGUUACUAACAUCAGCAUCAUCACGAAUACAACAGUCGCACCACAGACGACCUCAGCUGGUGUAACGCCGCAGGAAGGACCCACCAGUUUUUCUGAAAAACAUCUUCAAAAUAUUCUUGAGGGGAUCGAGAACAUUACAGAUGAAGUGCUUCCUUUGACUAAUGUGACCAGUAUUUUGGAUAUGGUCCUCAACGCUUCAGGGGAGAUUUUACAGUCGUCAUCAUCUUCAUCAUCGAUCAGCGAGGCUAAACUAGCCUCUUAUGGAAACCGUGUGUUAAAAGCAAACGAGAAACUCAUCUCCACAUUGGUGAAGCCGACAGACACAAACGACAGUGUCAGUUUUACUCUUGCUGCUGUAGAGGUUGAAGUCUUCAUGGUUGGACCCAAUGUCACCUUAGAUAAAAUCCCUCGACUUGACACGAUAAAUUCUUCUGUGGACAUUGAUCUCAUUGGGAUCGCCAAGAACAACAAUGAAACAAGAUCAGCUGCUGUGGCUUUCAUGAGUUAUAACACAAUGGAGAAUCUACUGAAGCCAGACUUCUUCAACACAUCAAAUGACACGAUUAAAACCAUGAUGUCCACUGUGAUCUCAGCUACUCUUCCCAAAACCACCAACACUAAACUCACCAAACCAGUCAACUUCACCUUCAAACACAUCAGAGAGUUUGACCCCAACGGUUCUCUGUCCUGUGUGUACUGGAAUAUCAGCGAGUGGAUUGUAGAUGGUUGUUCUGUUUUAAAGACCAAUAGCAGCUACACUGUGUGUUCGUGUGUUCAUCUGUCCACAUUCGCUCUCAUCAUGCAAACCAGCCGCCCAUCAGAGAGCGACUCUCUGCUGGACCUGUUGAAUUUGGUGUGUGUGACCGUGGGGUUGGUGUUCUUCAGUUUGGCCCUGUUGACCUUUGCCCUUUGUCAGUGGAGUCCUGGAGUGAAUAAUGUGGCUCGAAUCAACCUCUGCAUCAGUCUUCUGUCGGCUCACCUUCUGUUCCUGCUCACACAACAGUUCCUGAGACUCAUACGCCGUCAUCAGGUGUUGUGUGCCGUGAUAUCAGGAGUGCUGCACUUCCUCUUUCUCUCCGGCUUUGUGUGGAUGUUCAUUGAAGCUGUGCUGCUCUUCAUCUGUGUGAAGAACCUAUCACAGAUCAGCUCCAAAAAGAGGGAGGUGCUUAGCAAUGGAUUCCUGUGUGUGAUUGGAUAUACGGUUGCUCUGGCUGUGGUGGCCGUGUCUGUCGGGCUGAAUACCAAAGGCUACGGAAGUGAAGAGUGUUGGAUUAAAAAGGAUAAUGUCUGGAGUUUUCUGGGACCUGUUUGCGUCAUACUAGCAUUCAACAUGAUUCUCUUCCUCUGCAUCAUCAUCAAUCUGUACUCGACCUUGAAAAAGCGGAACGCUGAAGUUUCACAGAUGAAGAUAACCAAGAUAAUGACAUUUAAAACACUGGCUCAGUUUGUGGUUCUUGGUUGCUCCUGGAUUCUGGGUUUCUUCACUGAUGGUAGGAAGGAGCUGGAGAUCCUCUUCCUGAUCUUGAACUCCCAGCAGGGAACCUUCAUCUUCCUGGUCUAUUGUGUCCUCAAUAAUGAGGUCAGGCUGCAGUACAGGAACUUCUUCAGAUGUCUUUGCUGUGGGCUCAAAUCAAACACCAAGAAAACCUGAAUAUUAUGGCAUCCAUAUUCGGCAAAUCAAUUGUUAUUAUUAUAAAAGUGAUUCUAUUAUGAUUUAGAUAUUAUAUGACCAGACUCGUCUACAAAUUUCACUAGUUAACAUGCUAUACAUUUACAGCUGUCAAUACACUUAUGUGAAUAUAUACUUUUCUUAAGUGCAACAUUUCUUAUAGAGGAACUACCAGUUUUUUUAGAUGCUUAUAUUCUUAUUUACACAUUCAAUACACUAAAUUAAGAGGAUAAAGUAAUUGUUUUUCAGUUUAAAGUGUUUUAUUAAAGCAAUGUGAUAUCUGUAACAUUUCAAAUCUUAUUUUCUUUUAAACAAUCUAUUCAAAACAUCUCAUAACUCAAUCUCACAACCCCAAAAGAUCCCUCAGAAUUUGUAAAUAGACAAAAUCUAUUUCACUAUUCAAAACAAUUAAUAACGUAAAUUAUCUGUAAUAAAACAUAAAAAGGUUCCAUUUAACUUUGUAUAAGAAAUUAACCACAAUAGUUUGAGUCGUUUAUUUUAAAUAAAUCUAGCAUCAAUUUGUCCUCUCGCUGACUUUGAGCUUUUGAGUUUCUGACCAUAUAACUUCCGCAUCAAGUGUUGUUUCUCAUACUUAGAAGUCCAAGCAUCACUUUGAGCCACCACAAUAUUGGAAAUGACUUUUAGUGGCAUAACUAAGUGGUCACUGAUUAGACC